AUGUCUUCUGGUAACUCAGAUGCAGCACCUCCAAAUGUUUGGAGUCAGUGGCUUGUUAACACCGGCCGCAGAGUAGCAAGUACAUUAGGAGACAUUUUGGAUGACUCGGGCCAUGCUUCGACCGGCCUAUCCGCACCAACCACCACCCCAACUGAGGUAGGAUAUGUCGAUAACCUCCUCCGAAGUCAAGGCAAUUCAACCGCCGGUUUACGGGAGUAUCUGGAAGGAAAGCAUUUCAUAGCCAUGUGGUAUAUGGAUGUCAAAGGAUGUUUAGGAAUGUCAGAGAAGGAAAAGGUAGCGGGGGAGAUGCUUGAAUUAUUAACUGGGCUGGAGCGGAAGUUUGGGGAUUUGAGACACAUCUUGAUACAAGAAGAAGAAAGGGGGUCUCAAGAUGUGUCCACGAUGCAGCUCCCGUGA